AUGUCAGCUAAAAUCACGACUCAGUUCGGCGAAGCAGUGCCGCCAGCCCCUCGCCAUUCGGUGACCGUCCACAUGGGUAGUGGGUGGGACACCGUCGAGAAAUACGGCGCCGACUCAGCCUCUGUAGUUCCUCACUUCAAGAAUGCGUACCCUCGCAUGAAACCCCAUCGAGAUAUUGCCCAUCUUGCCGAGGCAGUACUUGAGCGAGUUAGAAUUGCCGAUGCGGGAUGCUUCUUGUUCUCAUCGCUCCAAUCGGCCAAGGAAUGCGUCGAGUACUCCACUUCCAAUAGGCGCGAUAAUGGUGCCGACAAACGACCCGUGUCACCGGAACAGAUCGCGAUCCGGGCCUUCUUUGCAAAGGAUCUCUUCUAUGCCGUCAUCUUCCCUCUCAAUCAACGCUCGGUCGUCGCUGGGUUCUGGAGCACUCCUGGUGCGGGCGUCUCAUCUCGGUUUGCAGAAGCCAAUCUCGGCCGUUUACACCAACUCAAGGAAGUGCCCGUGACCGAGGAAGUGGCUUCCAGGCCGAGCUUUGAUGGCUCAUUUCACCGCGUGUUGCGGGAGAGGAUCGUUUCAUACCUCCAACGAGCGCCGCUGGACCCUCUUCAGCAGCCGCGGCCCUCUGUCGAAGACGUAUAUUUCUACCCGACCGGCAUGGCCUCUAUCUAUAAGCCCCACACUUACAUGCUCAAAUGCUACCCGGGCACCAGUGUGCUUUUCGGAAUGGCGUUUAUGAAUACUGUCACGGCGUUCGAAGAGUUCGGUCCCGGAUACAAGUUCUUCGGCCUUGGAUCCGAAGAGGAUCUCAACGAUCUGGAAGCGUUUCUCCAAGAGGAACGGAAUCAGGGCCGCAAGGUCCAAGCCAUCUGGGCUGAAUUCCCAGCAAACCCACUUCUCGUGACACCUAAUAUCACGAAGCUUCGCGAACUGGCGGAUAAGCAUGACGUGGUACUUGGGAUUGACGACACCAUCGGAAGCUGGGCCAAUAUCGAUAUUACAGCCAUGGCUGAUAUCCUCGUCACCUCGAUGACCAAAUCUUUCAACGGCUACGCGGACGUCAUCGCAGGCAGCGCAAUCCUCAACCCUGCCUCCCCGAAAUACCGCGAGCUUAAAACUCUUUUCGAUCGAUACUAUGUUCCGGAGCUCUACAUUGACGACGCGGAGGCGAUCGAGCGGAACAGCCGCGAUUACCUCUCUCGCACGGCGAAGCUGAAUACGAAUGCAAGCACCCUCGUACAAUAUCUUCGUUCCUGCGCGGAAGACCCCGAGAGCGCUGUUCAUAGUGUUCACUAUCCCUCCGUUAAUCCUUCGGGAAUAUACUACAAGCGCUUUAUGCGUCCCGCGACGGCCGAAUUCACUUCGGGGUACGGCUGCCUCUUCAGUGUUGAGCUAGAUGACAUGGCUGCGACGCAAGCUUUCUAUGAUAAUUUAAACGUUCAUAAAGGCGUUCAUUUGGGUGCCCCCUUUACCCUCGCAUUCGCAUACACCAUGUGCACCUACAAGAAAAGGUUGUCCUGGGCUGCAAAGUAUGGCUUGAGGCCGACCCAGAUCAGGAUUGCCGCUGGGCUUGAGGAUACAGAGACGCUCCUGGAGGAUUUCAAGAUCGCGGUAGAGGCAGCCAACAAGUGUAAAAGAGCAGAGUAA